UCCUCCUCUUCGCUGCAGUCAGCUGUCAGGACUGCAGCGCCGUGACUCAAAGACGUGAGAACAUGCGGAGGUCCAGCCCGCCGGCCCGUGGACAUGUCCCGCAAAAGAGCGCUAGAACCGGCAGGGCUCCUCAAGCAAGGCCCGGAGAGGAAGAGGUGCUGCUGGGGGAUUUUAACCAGCCAGGGUUCCUGGGCUGACCGCUCCCCGCUCCAUGAGGCCGCCUCCCAGGGUCGACUACUGGCUCUACGCACCCUUCUUGCUCAGGGAUAUCAUGCUAACAUUCUGACAAUUGAUCAUGUGACACCUCUUCAUGAAGCCUGCCUUUCAGGGCACACAGCAUGUGUUCGGACAUUAAUAAACGAGGGAGCCAAUGUGAAUGCUGCAACCAUCGACGGCAUCACACCACUGUUCAACUGUUGCACUUCAGGAAGCAUUGGCUGUAUAGAGCUUCUAUUGAAGAAUGGUGCACAGAUUGAGAUACAGCACGCACACUUUCCUUCUGCUUUGCAUGAGGCCUGCAAGAGAGGGAACAGCCAGUGUGUGGAGUCGCUUCUCUCUCAUGGGGCUGAUCCAGACUGUCAGCUUCCUCUCCUGGGUUCUCCUCUCUACGUUAGCUGUCUGCACCAACAACUGGCCUGCUCCCGCGUUCUGCUGCACCGAGGUGCAGACGUAAACUCUGGCAGAGAAAGCGACAGCCCUCUGCACGCUGCUGCCUCACAGGACAGUGCAGAUCAGGUCUCACUGUUAUUGCAGUAUGGGGCAAAUGUCAACUGCAAGGACAGCAGGGGGCAGCGGCCAGUGGAAAUAGCGUCUCCCGGAGGAAAGGCACAUUGGCUUCUUGUUGCAUAUGAAGGUUCUCCACAGACCCUUUUUCAUCUGUGCCGUCUCAGGAUCAGGAAGCUCAUUGGGUGGUCCAGAUUAGAACUGUUACCUUUACUCCCUCUUCCUCCGCUGCUCACAAACUACAUGCAAAAUAUGUAAAAACUUGUAAACAUGGACGCAUGGAUCCAGCCCAGCCAAGCAGACCUGGCUGCAGAAAUCAACAUUCAGAACCAGUAAUCUUCGACUGGAACUGGAACUGGAACCCCCCCAUAGCUUAAAAAGCUAUACUUUGACUGGCGACUCUAACAGUUAUGGUUUUCCCUGUUUUAAACUUUCAAGUUUUUUCUACAAUUCUAAACACUUUUGGGUUAAAGCAAGUUUUAUAAUUUCCACUUCUGGCCGAUGAUGUCAGGUGUCAUCUUGUCUACAGCCACGGCCCUCUCAGCACAGCAGUAAAUUGGUAAUGCUAGUUCAAUUCAGAUUGGCAACAUGUGCAGGGUGUCCCCUGCCUUCGCCCGUAGUUGGCCAGGAUAGGCUCCGGCAGCCCUGUGACCCUGUAAGGGACAAAACGGAAGAAGAUGAAAGAAAGAAGUUCAAUUUGUGCAAGAAGAAAUGUUUCUCAUAAACUAAAAGCUCCAGGCGCGUGUGGGAGGAGCUACCGCUGUGAGUUCUUUGCCUCAUCACUGCAUGGAAGCUUUGACUGUGUUCCUCAUUUACAAUGCAUAGAAGGCACAAAUUAUGUUGGGAGAUCAGGUAUAUUUAUUUUGAAAAACAUCGGUAAUUACGUCUCCAUGCCUGGAUUCAUGAAGUCAUUCAUGAAGUAUGCAAGAGCUGCAUCUGAAUGACGGCUGUUUUCAGAGGUACUUCCGUCUUUUACCCAGUUUGAUGAUUGCUGUAUGGCAAUAGUCUGGGGACAGGAAAAACAAGAAUGAAAUUAGAGAAUCUUUUUUAUCAUUGUCUAGAUGGAAAAAAAAGUAUUAUGAAGUUCAGAAAUGGAAUGCUCCCUUUUAGUUUUGGACUCCACUCGCUGAUUCCCUCAACAUGCCACGUGCCAAAGCAAGUCCCUGAUUGGUUGAUAGGAAUUCUGACGUGCCAUACCCGAUCCUCAAAUUGAGCCGCAGGACCUCUGCUUGCGUCCGUUCAUUGACUUAACAUUAGAAAUGAAUGCCCGACAUGCUUAUCGCAUUCCGUGUGAACUUUUAUGAACACUUGUAUCUUAAUACCGAGGCUCUCAGCAGCUUCCUGGAGUAGAACUUUAGAAAAGGUUUAAAAAAAAAACAGAAUAAUGCUAAAUUGUCUGACAUGCACAUGUAAAUUUGUUAACCAGUAUUCUUUUUUGUGACCAUAACUCACUCAUUAAAUGUGGUUUUAUUACACACAGACUUUAGUGCAAGUCUGUGUAGACUUUACCACUUUCCCCAAGUGAUAAACUGCACAAGAUAAAAAAUUGCGUGUGUUCCACUUGAUCUGUAUCACCAUCCUGAGAAGCAGGAAGUUGAACAGAUAAAGUCCAGCAUUAGGAUAAGACUUACCAAAAGACUGGUAAAUAUAUUGACAGUUGUUCAACUUUGACAAGCUCUGAAAAGCAAUAAGGUCAGUAACACAAAAUUAAUAUAAACAUACUCCAGAGUCUAGAUGGUGCUGGAGAUCAUGGAACUGUUAAUGCUUCCCAGCAGGCAGAAUACAGUGGAGAACAGGGUAGAACAGCAAAAAAAAAAGAAGGAAAUGCAUAUUGAUUGACUGGCAAACACAAACAGAACAAAUACUGGAUCAAAGCUGCAAAGCAAAUAAAUAAGGAAAUGACAGCAUCAAAGGUGAAACUGAUAGGCACUUCUGAACUGAUACAACCAAAUGAUAUACACGUGUUUUCUGCCCCGGAGAAAGGGUGGAGAGGGGAGACGGUCAUUUUGCUAGAUGUGUAUGAGGCUUUCGCUAAGCCUUUUCACUAAGAAUUCAUACCAUACAGUAUGACAGAACACCAUCUGUAGGGGGGCAUUUGAAUACAAUUCAGUCUCUCUGGCAUUGCGACAGGUUGGGGCUAUCCUCUUGGGCGUUUGGUCUAGGCGACGCCUGUCACAUCUACAGGGUCUAGUGGAGGGGGGCUGGGGUGAUCAGUUGGGACACGGUCUGAGAUGAUGGACCAGUUGGGGUUACUCAUUGAGACACUCAUGGAUGGCUCUAACCUGUCAAAUGCCUUGGGCCUUUUUGGGAAAGUUCUGACCAGAGCUUUUACAAAAUGCUUGGGAGUUGGGGCUUGGGUAUGUGGGGCUGAGGAUUUGGGCCUGUGGAGUCUGUUGUCCUUGCGUUGCAUCCUCAUGGCUGGGGAGGCCUGGGGCCCAACACUGGAGGAGCCUGCGGGACAGGUGGGUCAAAUAAAACCAGAUGUCAGUCUGGAAGCUGUUCCUGAACUCCCCUCCUUCCUUACAUGAAAGUAAAUUAAAUACAAACUGGGUUUAUACAAAAAUACUACUUGUGUCCAAAGCUAAAUAUCCUUGACUGUAACAAUACAACAGUUGUGUCCAACACAAGACGUCCUCAGGUCCCAUCUGCUUGCUGAACUGUUUGACAGGAAAAGUUACCAAAAAAAAAAGGAAGAAGGAGAUGUAGAGGACAGGUGUAAAAAGCAGGUAGUUAUUCCAGCCCUGUUGUAUGGUCUAAAGCAGAAGUCCCAAUAAACUUACAUUUUAAAUGUACCAAAAGAUUUUGCUCUACAUAAAAAAGGUCCUGUCAAAUCAACACAAAUUCAAAAUAGAAAUAUGGUGCACAACAAAACAUACCAAACCUGGAAAUAUCAAUAAAAUUUGUGCAUUUAAACAAAAACAAAUCAAAUUCUGUUUUCUUUUAUAUUGUCUCAUUUGAUCAGAACUGGACGCCUGGCAUUAUUGUGUUUGUGUUUGAUGCAAGGUCCUGUGUUGUGGAUGGACUGCAGGUGCUCAUCAGUGAGACGACACCUGUCUGCAGUUUGGUUAGUCUUCAUCACUUAGAAGAGCUUUUCACACAGAAAUGUGCGACCACACAUACACAUGGAUCAAGUCAAAUGUAGACGGAGCUGGGGCAUUUCUGGAGUGAACAAUCUGUGCGGUUCUGCAGUGUCGCACUUUCCCUUCAGUGUGCCACGGCACUGCAGCUCAAUCUGCUCCAUCUGAAUCUGCACAGGACCUGUUUCCACAUCGAUGGCAAACGGGUUACGAAGCAACAGCAAAAAAAAAA